AUGCAUGUAUUAACUAGUAGAAAAUAUGCUGGACUGGAGGCCAUAAGGCGGGCAAACUGGACAGGCCUGGGUCUCUACCUGGAAAAUCUCGUUGGGGAAGAUAUUGCAAGUCCAGAGAUUCUUCAGCUAAUUGUUGUUCUUAAAAGCCCAUCCGUGACGUUCGAUGACAUAAUGUGGGAGCCAGCAUUGUGGGAUGCAAAGACAAGGAUGAGCUUUAUCAGACGAGUGGCUGCAUGCAUUGACUGGGAGAGCUUAGGAGGUAGAGCAAGAAGGCUAGAGCUCAAGAAGCUUCCCGCUCUUCGACUGCAAGGAUGCAUCGACAAACUAGGACUGCAAAUUGAUGAGUCAACAUUGAUAGACUCCGUGACCUUCCUACGGAACAAAGUGGCUGCACACUAUAACGAAACAUACAGUGUGUAUCCUGGCCAAAAGGAGGAUAUCGGCUUAGAGAGAGAAACAAUAGGAAGGUUCCUUCUGAAAGAAAAGCCUGACUACAUGAUGAAGCUCAUCAAACACAUACGUCUACUUGGGUGGAUACCCAAAUCCCCAAUCGCUCCUCGAACAACGGCGACUGCAUCAAGACAGGGGCCUGCGUCAAGCUAGUCAAGGCCAGUACUUGUCACCAUUCACCAGUCCGUGCUCGCCCUCUUCGUGCUGCAGCAGUCUCCUAGAUAAGCCUUACAUUAACAUUGAUAGUUCCAGAGAAUUAAAACAUUUUUGUAGGAAGGUCUAAAGUUCAUGGGGGUGCAUGUACCUCUAAAGUGAACCUGUAGCAUUUUUUGAUUAACAAGACUCUCCAUCCAUGCGUUCAGCUCGUGACUGGUAUUUCUCCCUGGAACUUCUAAAUUUUGUUAUAUAUGGGCAGAUCGAAGGUCAGAACGCUCAGCCUUAAUUAAUUUGUGUCUUUAUUUUUCUCGAGCUUUCGAAACUUCAACAAGGUAG